AUGGACGACGAUCGCCUCAGUGAUUUGCCCGACUCUCUAAUCCUCUCCAUUCUCUCCUUUUUACCGAUGAUAGAUGCUGCUAGCACAAGCUUUCUCUCCAGAUGGUGGAAACAUCUCUGGACCACUAUCCCCUCCCUCCAUCUCCGCCACUCCACCAACGCCGAUUUCCACAAAUUCCAAACCUUCGUGCAUUGGGCUUUUGCACGUUGGAGAGCUCCCAAAAUUCUCAAAUUCACCCUACAUAUCGAUUUCUUACCUCACAUGUCUGCUGAUAUUGAUUCAUGCCUGCUCUUCGCUAUCGCAAACCAAGUGGAAGAGCUGCAUUUGGAAGCCAACCCCCCUUCAUACCCUCUUCGCUCGCGUGAAAGAAUCAAUCUCUACUACAUUGCUCAUCGCCGCCUAUACUCAUGCUCUUCCAUCACAAAAUUAACUCAUCUGCCAUCUCCAAAAGCUCUCUUUAACUUAUUCAUGCAUCCAGGUUUGGUUGCUCAUUAUGAUUCAGCUCUAUUGGAGAUGAAGAAGGAUAAUUUUGUAUCGUUUCCGAAUGUCACAUUUUUGAAACUCUACCCUACUAAAGUCGAUGGACUGCUUGAUGUCGUCGACAUGUUUCCUGAGCUGAUGAUGUUAGUUGUCGAAUGUAAAGCGAGGUACAUCAGUUUUUUGUACCAAGAUGAAGAACCCUACGUGGUUGAGGUUAGUGCAUGUAGCUCAUUGGUGCCUAAAACAAGCUCUCUCGGCCUCUCCCUACUCCGACUUAAGAUAAUCGAGAUCACUUGGAACGCGCAUGAUGCCUCCAUUGUUCCAGUAGUGGAAGUAUUAUUGAGAAAUGCGUGUGUGCUCGAGAAGAUGCUACUUCGGAUAAGAGUGUUUUUAGCAAAUCCAAAGGCGUUCAUUUUGGCUCGAGAGAAGGUGCUGAGUGUAGCAAGCUCUUCCCCUUAUGCAGAUGUGAUUGUACAAAAAUGUUGA